CUUUAAGUAGAGAUCGUUUCUCCAAGCCUAUCACCAGAUCUGAUCAGUGCCCAACUAGAUCAUCACUCUGAGGACCUUCCGAAGCUCUCUUCAAGAUCAUCAUAAGCCACCAAAACGGUCAAUAUGCGUGCUUUUCUAACACUUCUUUUGGUGGCUGUUGCCCAUGCCGAGUUGGCUCCGUUAGUGGAGAACGUCGAGCCCAUCCCAGGGAAGUAUAUCAUCAAACUUAAGGAUGAAAUCAAUGUGGACGAGAUGACCGCGACCGUUCGUCUAUCUGGGGGCCAUGUUCGUCAUAUCUUCAGACACGUUAUCAAUGCUUUCUCCGCCGAAUUAUCCGACCGUGUCCUCGAUAUCGUCCGCGGUCUACCCGGUGUGGAGUACGUUGAGCAGGACGGUGUUUCCCGUGUUCAAGCAGAAGCCAAGAUUGGUGACUUCUCCUGGGGCAUUGACCGUAUAGAUCACGGCACUCCUAAAUCAUUCGACGACGCUUAUACACCACAUAUAUCAGGAGGAGGAAGGGGCGCCACCGUGUGGGUGCUCGAUACGGGUGUCAGAAGUACCCACGAACAGUUUAAAGGAACAGCGGGAUCUAGAGCUAAGAUUGUGGCGAACUUUGUUGACUCGAGAGACGAAGAUUGCAAUGGACACGGAACUCAUUGUUGUGGAACUAUCGGAGGUACUACGCUUGGUGUGGCUAAUCAAGUCACUGUAAAUGCAGUGAAGGUUAUGAAUUGUAAUGGAAUUGGCUCCUCCGCAAGUAUCAUGGCAGGACUUGACUAUGUGGCGAAGUACGCUAAUAGCAGGAUGGAUGUUGUAUCAAUGUCCAUCGGAGGAGGUGCGUCACCCACUCAGGACCAAGCCGUUGAGGCACUUAUCGCAGAUGGAGUUCCAGUCGCCGCGGCUGCCGGUAAUUCCAACCAGGAUGCUUGCUACUAUUCUCCAGCUCGAGUUCCAACUGCAAUCACCGUAGGAGCAACAAACGAACGUGACAAACGUGCCCCUACUCCAACUAUGGAAGCUGCUUGGACAUCUUUGCUCCUGGAUCCAACAUCAGGUCCGCAGCAAGUUAACUGACUCCACAACUAUGGUCAUGAGUGGGACCUCGAUGGCUUGCCCUCACGUCGCUGGUGCAAUAGCCCUCUACGGGACGGAGUCUAGAACGACGAAGGAGGGCGCGAAAGAGAUGAUGACUAAAACUACCAAACGUGCUAUCGAUGAUGUCGCUGGCUCUCCUAACGAACUACUCUAUGUCUAGAAUAUAGAAACUGAUAUCCGGGAACAGAGAAGAGGACAUUACAUGCAGACUCCGGAAAAAAUACCAUCAUGAAGUAAUUUACAUUUCAAUUAUAUGAAACAAAUUUGAAUUUAAUCUAUAUGACAUGCCGAUAGCCUACAUGGA